UUGCUUUUUGUCCCAUUUAUAUAAAAUCCACCGCUCGAGCUUAACGUUCGCGUCUUCGUCUCCUUCUUUUUCCUUUGCUUUCUCUCUGAGUUGAACUCGUUCCGUUCGACUGAGCCAACUCGUGCGGAGGACCAGCUUCAACAAAUAUUGGAUAAUAUUAAUUAACUAUUGCCUCUCGCAUUGGACUAAAGGAGUGUUGUAAAAAUGGCUGGUUCGAGGAGACAUUGCUCGGAUCAACGGUGAGUAAAACUCUGUUACACCGGUGAUCAAUACUCGCAGACUGGAGAUGUUUAGAACAGGUAGAUGGAGGAACGAGAGGAACAGGAUCAAAGUCGUCUUCAGGCUAAAGUUUCACGCUACUCAGGCUUCUGAGUUGAACACGGAGGGAUUGAUUCUCUCUCUUGUUCCCGGAGAUGUCGGGAAACCGACGGCGAGGUCAGAGAAAGCUGUGGUUAGAGACGGGCAAUGCCGGUGGGAGAUUCCGGUUUACGAGACUGUGAAGUUUCUGAAAGAUGCGAAAACCGGAAAGGUUAACCAGAGGGUUUACCAUCUCAUUGUCUCAACUACGGGAUCUACAAGAGGUGGUUUGGUUGGAGAAACAUCAAUUGAUUUUGCUGAGUAUGCUGACGCAAUCAAAACUUGUAACGUUUGUCUUCCACUACACAACUCAACUUCAAAAGCUUUGUUGCAUCUAUCAAUACAAAGGCAAUUAGAGUUUGAUGAUCCUCAAAGAGAGGAGGAUGAAUGCGAGAAUCUUGAUAAAAUGUCACAUGGUCAAGAUUUGAAGUCACAUUUGAGCCUAGGUGAUACAGAUGAACCUCACUCAAGCCAUCCCCAUGAGGAAGGGCCCUUUGGUAAAGCUGCACGGUUUGCUGAACUGAGAAGAAGAGCAUCAACUGAAUCAGAUAGUACCAUGUCAAGCUCUGGAAGUGUUGUAAUCGAGCCAACUACUCCUGAAGAAGUUGCCAAGUCUUUGAGACACCCUCCUAAGCAACUUCGUUCAGCUAAAAACUUGUUUGAAGAAUCCGAGUGGUCUGGAAGUUCUUCUGACCAGGGAGUCACCACCGAUGAUAAAAUGUCUAAAAACUCCUCCGAGGAUGGGGAGGAGAUAGAGAAGCUUAAGACCGAGGUUGCCGGUUUGACAAGGCAAGCAGAUCUCUCUGACCUAGAGCUGCAGAGCCUGAGGAAACAAAUCGUUAAAGAGACCAAAAGGAGUCAAGACCUCCUCAAAGAAGUGAACAGCUUGAAGCAGGAGAGAGAUUCUUUGAAGGAAGAUAGAGUCUCGGACAAGACUAAAAUGAGGAACAGGUUGCAGUUCGAAGGAAGGGAUCCGUGGGCGCUCUUGGAGGAAACAAGAGAGGAGCUUGAUUACGAGAAGGACCGUAACUUCAAUCUCAAGUUACAGCUCCAGAAGACUCAGGAAUCUAACUCGGAGCUGAUCCUCGCUGUUCAAGAUCUUGAAGCGAUGCUGGAGGAAAGGAGCAAAGCUAGACCAAGAAGAAGUGAUACAGAUGAAGAUGAGGAUCAAAAGGCACUCGAGGAGCUCGUGAAGGGACACGUGGAUGGGAAUAACAACACACACGUCUUGGAGGAGAAGAUCACAGAGAUGUACAAUGAGAUCGAGGUUUGUAAACGAGAUAAAGAGGAGGUUGAGAUACAGAUGGAACAGCUUGCUUUAGACUACGAGAUACUUAAACAGGAGAAUCAUGAUAUCUCGUACAAGCUGGAGCAGAGCCAGCUGCAAGAACAGCUGAAGAUGCAAUACGAGUGUUCAUCGUCGCUCGUGAAUGUGACCGAGCUUGAGAGCCUUGAGGCCGAGCUCAAGAAGCAGUCUUCCGAGUCUUUGUCCCGGAUCAAAGAACUAGAAACGCAGAUGGAGAUCUUGGAAGAAGAGAUGGAGAAACAAGCUGAGGUGUUUGAGGCAGACGUAGAUGCGGUGACGAGAGGUAGAGUGGAGCAAGAGCAGAGAGCUAUCCAAGCGGAGGAAGCCCUGAGGAAGACGAGGUGGAGAAACGCUAGCGUGGCGGGGAAGCUACAGGACGAGUUCAAGAGACUCUCCGAGCAGAUGGAUUCGAUGUUUGCGUCGAACGAGAAGAUGGCUACGAAAGCGAUGGCGGAAGCUAACGAGUUGAGAACGCAGAAACGUGAGCUGGAAGAAAUGCUCAAGAACGCUAACGAGGAGCUCAGAGAGAAUCAAGAUGCGUACGAGGCGAAGAUCCACGAGGUUUCUGAAAAGCUGAGUCAGAUUGAGAGGCGUGAAGAAGAUCUAAACCAUGAGAUCCAAGUUCUGAAGGAUGAGACUGAGAAUCUGAAAAAGGACAAGCAUAGCCUCAUGUUACAAGCAGAGAACCUAAGAGUUGAGCUGGAGAGGAGGAUUGAAUCAAUGAGGGAAGAAUCAGAGUCUCUAGCGGAGGAGUUGGAAGCGGUGAAGCGUAUCAAGGAUGAAAAAGAAGAAGCGAUUACACAGUUAGAAACAGAGUUAGAAACCGUAAGAGCCGAGUGCGAUGACCUGAAGCAUUCUUUAUCAGAGAACGAUUCGGAGAUGGAGAAACACAAGAAGCAAGUGGUACAAGUGAAAGGUGAGGUGAAGAAGAAAGAAGAAGCAAUAGCUAACCUCGAGAAGAAGCUCAAAGAAAGCAGAAUCGCGUUUAACAACUUGACGAAAACCGCACAAAGAAACAGCAGCAACAAAGGAAGUACAACAGGAGCUAAAGAAGUUGCUGUUAUGAAAGAUAAAAUAAAACUUCUCGAGGGGCAAAUCAAACUGAAGGAGACAGCUCUGGAAGCUUCAUCAAACAUGUUCAUAGAAAAGGAGAAGAAUCUGAAGAACAGAAUCGAGGAGCUGGAAACUAGUCUCGACCAACUCGAUCAGAUCAGUGACAACGAGGCUCUGAAUGUUGAAGAAAAGGAACAAGUCCGAGUUCUCGAAGCGGAGAUGGCGUCGUUGAGAGAAUGUAACGAGACGAUGGAGAUGGAGCUGAAGGAGAUGCAAGGGAGAUACUCUGAGUUAAGCUUGAGAUUUGCAGAAGUGGAAGGUGAGAGACAACAGCUUGUUAUGACAGUACGUAAUCUCAAAAACGCCAAGAGGAGCUAAACCGGUAAUAUAAUCACAAGCCGGUUUAUUCAGAUUGAAAAAAAAAAUGGAUAUCUUUGUAUUCGUGUUAAUGUAAUUACUUUGUGUUCUUGUUAUGAAACUUUCAAUGUUGUUGUAACGAUACAAACGUUGUUAUACCAACGUCCAAUCCAAUUAUGGAUCUGGUCUGGUUUAGUUGAAUCGUACAAUUACAAAAUUAAA